CAGACACUCACCGCCAGGGCCCAGCUCGGAAUCAGGACUAUAGUGUUUGUGUCGCUGAAGGGUCAGAGUGUAAAAGCUGACUGUGUGAAUAGCUGGCAUAAUAGUUCCUGUACAGUCUCGCUUGAGUCUCGCUCGAAAUCGCUACGACACUAUAUAGCUGUUUCGCUUCGUGGCAACAAGCGAACUCACUGACAAUCACGAAACCUUCAAGAGACUCUACUACCUCUGCAAAUGAAAAACACUGAGGAAGCGAGGAUAUGGUAUGACAUCGCACGAAAGGGGUUUGCAAUUCUUCCGCCCCUCAUCGCUCCGGUGACCUUCGUCAUCAACGCGCCGUUCGGGAGAUUUUCGCUCAAGAAGGACAGCAUAUUCCUGGUGGACGGGAUCAAGGCAUGGAUAGCGAUGGAGCUCGUCUUCCCGUUCACCUUUUCCUACAUCUUCCUCAAAAGCCCGCUCUCGCCAGGCGCGCACCCGCCCCUCGCGCUCUCGCACCCGCCCGCGUUCCUCGCCGCGCUCCUCCUGCUGCACUACCUCAACCGCGCGCUCGUCUCGCCGCUGCGCACGCCCUCCCGCUCCAAGUCGCACUUCAUCGUGCCCCUCUUCGCGCUCUGCUUCAACCUCACGAACGGCAGCCUCCUCGGCGCGUACCUCUCCUCGCCCGCCGCGCAAGCGUACCUCGCUGGCGCCUUCGCGCGCCCGGCGUUCUGGGCGGGCGUCGCCCUAUGGGCUGCCGGCCUCGCGGGGAACAUCCUCCACGACGAGGUCCUCCUCAACAUCCGGCGCACCGCCAAGGCGAAGGGCAAGGCGCGCGCGUCGCCCCCGCCCGGGUCGCGCGACGCGCGCCGGAAGCAGGAGCACUACGCCAUCCCGCACGGCUACCUCUACCGCCUCCUCUCGUACCCGAACUACUUCUGCGAGUGGUGCGAGUGGCUCGGGUUCGCGCUUGCGGCGGCCCCACCGCCGUCGCUCGCGUCGGGCGCGGACUUCCUCGCGACGGUCGCCCCGCCGUGGGUAUUCCUGAUGGCCGAGGUGUGCUUGAUGCUCCCGAGGGCGUGGAAGGGCCACAAGUGGUACCACGCCCGUUUCCCGGACUAUCCGAAGGAGCGCAAGGCGGUCAUUCCGUUCUUGUUCUGAGUCUUGGGCUCUGGAGUUGAACGCGAACGGACUCGGAUCUUUGAAAUCACUUUGCUGUCUUUGCUAUCGAGGCUGUUGGUCACGGAUGUAAACUAUUACCCUUGCUCGUCUUCGUAUGAUGCCUUGCAUCCACUUGCUGUUCACUUAGCACACAGAGGUAUACAAGCUUCCCGCGU